UUAUUUUUAUUCAUACUUAAGUGUAAAUACUCUUAUAGGCUCUGUAUAGAUGGAGCUGACUCAAGUCUGUCAACUUCCACAUGUCCAACUCUGUAAAAAAACAAAGCGGUGAACUCCUGUGGCGCGCUGUGUGUUUCGCAUGUGCUCUGCAACUGUACAGUAGACGAGACAGCCCCUCGCGCUUUUCUGUGUUUCGAACUGGUCUCACGCGGCAGUGGCAUGCACGGGGGGAAUCCGAGCGGGCGGGUUUAGUCGACCUAUUUCUAGCCAAUGGGCGCGCGUCGUGGGCGGGGCGAGCAGACAGCGGAGCCAAUCGGAGCCGGUGCCGCGAGCGGACAGGCAUCGUCUCCGCGUGCCUCACACACGUGAGCUGGAACAGCUAUUGUACGCCGGGAGGCAACGUGCUGGAGCGUUCCUCUCGCCUGAAAAAACGGCACAGUCACGUUUUCUGUGGAUUACAAGGAACUGGAAAAGCCAUGCUUCUCUACCUGAGUGUUACUGCGGUUAUACACAGACGUGUAAAGUUUGAAACCAAAAAUACAGAGCAUAAUAAAAGAGUUUCCGGUCAUGUCAAUGUAUAUUUGUACAAAGAGAGUUUAAUUUGUGUCUCUAACUUGAAACACUUAUUUGCAGGGGUAUUGCUGCUGUAAGAUAUAACCCGGGUAAAAGUCACUGUUUGUACCCACAGACAAAACAAACAGCCUAUCCUCGAGGUGUGGCACGAGGGUAGGUGUGUCUCAUAAAUAAUAAACCAGAAUAGAGAGAUCAGUUAAAGCCGGGGCCCCGCCCCCUCUCGAGCCUCACUCGUUUGUUCCGCGGGGCGUGACGUAACUCCCGCUGCCCAUGUCCGUUCCAGCUGAGAGAGAAACACAGAGAGGACGGUCGGACGUGGACGUCGCGCGGCCCAAACACAGACCGAAGCUCGUGCGCCCGUGACUGGAUCCACCGGAUGCAAGAGGAAGAAAAAAAAAGUACAGACAGAGAAAGAGGAAACGACCCGCUCCUCCUCCUCCUCCUCCUCUUCCUCCCCCCGACGGACAGCAGAGCGCGACAGCAGAGCAGAGCAACACCAAUACAACUUGUCAUCUGACCAACACAGACACUGCUCCCUGCGCUGUGUCUUUUUUCUACACACUGUUUUCCCUCGGUUGUUUUGUUUUGACGCAACUGUUUUUGGGAUCUUCUUUUUUGUGAUUGCCGGACGAUUAACUCGGAAUAUCAUCCUACAAGUUUUAUUUUUAUUUUUGUAAUCUCAGUGUGCGGUUUGUCAUUUUAACGCCUUUUCGCGUUUUUAUUAUGGGCAGUCCUCAGAUGGUCUGACUGUCCCUCCCACACUGCUCCUCUGACAGCAAUCAUCUAGUGAAUUUUACCAGCAUUCAACUGCAAUGGAAUAUUUCGACGUGAAUAUUUCUGCAAGGAAAUAAAGGGACGCUGCACAAGCUCACGCGGAAGUCAUCCAGCAUACUUGUCCUAUUGGUAGGCUCUCCGGUCACUUUGCCACGCCUCUUCAAGCGCCCCCAGUAUCUUUCUACGACCCCGUCUGGUCCAGGAUGUCCAGGCAGCUCUCCCAGCUUCCGAACCCCGACCUCCCAGCCGGUGCAAGCCCUCAGUUUGGGACGUGUACCCAGCCUGCAGGCUCUCUCACAGGGGGGCACCUCAACUCCAUGGUGGGGCUCAAAUCCCUCCUGCAGCACCCCAUGAAGGGGGACCAACGUUUAAAAACCCCAUGUGAUGUAAAAGACAAAGAGAGGCUGGACCUUGAUGAAGACUCCUUGGGAGUGUGCUCCAUGAGGAAUGGCAGCGGAACAGUCUCCAGUAAUGGAAGUAAUGGCUGCAGCAAUGGAGGAGGAAGUUUCAACCAGUUCUUGGGGCCCCUCUUGUGGGAUCGCACCCUGCCUGCAGACGGGGGCCUCUUCCAGCUUCAGUACAUGGACUUGGAGGAGUUUCUGACUGAAAAUGGAAUGGGCAGCAUGCACAGCAACAACAGCUCCAGUUCAGCCCAGAUCCCUUCGCAGAGCUCCCAGUCGGCCGUGCCCAACCAGAGCUCCCAGUGCCUACCGCCCUCAUCUCCACCUGGCUCCACAUCCUCAUCACCUUCCUCCUCGUCUUCCCCGUCGCUCAUUGGUUUGGAGGUGGCGCAGCCGCAGAGCAUCGGAGGAGGAAGUGACUGUUUGCAUGGGAGUCAGACGAGUAUGAACGACUCCUGCGAGUCGCCCUCUUCUUCCUCCUCAUCCUCCUGUCCACCGCUGCUGACGCCCACGGGCAGCGGGCCAGACGUGAUCGGGAUGUUCGAUGUGGAUUCGUCAGACAUGGAUAUGUCCAACCAGCCGAACUUCGACCCCAGGAGGCACUCCUUCAGUGAAGAGGAGCUCAAGCCACAGCCGAUGAUCAAGAAGGCUCGCAAGAUCCUGGUGCCCGAUGACUUGAAGGAUGAGAAGUACUGGACCAGGAGGUAUAAAAACAAUGAAGCUGCAAAGCGUUCCCGAGACGCCCGCCGUCUCAAGGAGAACCAAAUAUCAGUGCGUGCUGCCUACCUGGAGAGAGAAAACGCCGCCCUCCGACAGGAAGUGGCCGAGAUCCGAAAGGAACUGGGCCGCUGUCGCAACAUCCUUAGUAAAUACGAGAACCGUCUCGCCGACCAGUGAUGAAGGCGCGGAGCAAAAACAAAAUCAGGAAGAGGAGGAAAAUUUAAGCUGGAUUAAAUUUAAAGACUCAUAGGGUGGCAUGACGGACAGAAUGGGGUCAAGAAAAUGAUGAUGAGGAAGAUGAUGAUUAUGAUGAUGAAUGUAUAAGACAAGGAGAAGGUUUGUGUAUUGAAGCUCAGGUGUCUUGUUUUGUCGAGGUGUCAGCUCUUAAAAGUGAAAGACGGAGAGAAAUAAUUUAACAGGUUGCGACUUUUAAGAGUUUUGUUAUUGGAGAAUUGUAUAUUUUUAUAAUACUUAAGAAAAAUUAGAGGGAGAGCAAAUUUGGAGAAUAAUUUUGUAUAUUUUCUACAUAGAGACGGGGGAAAAGCUACGGUGAAUAUCUUUUUAUCAUAGAUGAGUCAGGAGAUGUUUAACAGGUGGUCAGCCAUCGAUGGGUAUUUUUCGACUUGAUUAUUAUUAUAGUCAGGAUGCAGCAGCAGGGGGCGAGGACGCAUGUAACAAUUGUAAUAUAGAGAGCAAAAAUUAUCUUAUAAUCGUAUAGUUCGACAUUUUCGUGGAUUUUAUUCAAGCACUUAAUUUUCUUCCUGUUAUGUUUCUGUCACUGGGAAUGGGCAUGCUCAAGAGAGAGAGACAAAAGGGGAUGUAAACAGUCCAGCACUAUCGUCAACACUUGUCUUGUGCGCUCUUUCUUUAAUAGAACUCCAUCCUUUAUUAAUUCACUUCAGUUCCCCAACAACAUACUGUACUUUGAGCUUAACUUUACGCGAUUGGUACAUCUUUCUCUAGUCCAUACUUUUAUCUCUUUUACCUCUCUCCCAGUCGAGUGCUUUUACUCACCUCAGCCGCUGAAAGCCUGUUGUGAUGCCCCGGGUAACUCCGCUCCCUCUUGAUCCUCUCUUUCGAAUCGUCGGGACAUUUCUCUCCCUCUGUUUCUAUAUCCAACCGCUCUAUUUCUGUCCGUUUUCACUUAACACAGCCAAUCCCCUCACAGUUAUGUGCAAACUCUUCUCAAUAACAUUUUGUCCCCGUGUCUCCCUUGUACCCUGCCAGCGGUGCAUAGAGUUAGUUGAAUCUCAGUGUUGUAACGUAUUCUGAAUUAAUCUUCCCAGUAAAACGCACAUCGUUACUUUAGUUUACUUUAUGAACACACUUUAAUUAGCAUUAUUGUGGGGCGGGAGGGAGGGGAGAAAUGUUGUAUAUUGGAUAGGCCUAUGCUGUUUUGUGUAUUUGAUGUAUUCCAGGAGAUGGGUCAAAAACCCCCGUUGAGUGGAAUGGUGUUAAUUUCUCAGAUUUCUGGGAGAAAAUAAAAGCCAAAAUUCCCUACGUUGAACCACAAAGCUUGUUGCUAUUUAGUGCUUUUCUCAGUACUGCACCUUCCUUACUGUUUACUCCUGUUAUUACUCUUUACUUUUUACUGUAUCUAUAAACUUCUCUGUGUACCCACAACACCUACACACGGGGCAUGGUACACUAUGUUAUGUUCCUGGGGGAGGGAUGACUAGUGAUAGAGUGUGCUUUUAAUCCCCUUAAUGACCAUGAUGAAUAGUUACCAUUACUGCUAUUAUUAUUAUUGUUAUGGUUAUGAUGAUUAUCCCUCUUGUUGUUGCUGUUCUAUAUUAUUGAAUGAUUUUCUUUCUUUGGAUGAACAUGAUCUGUUGCACCUUGAAACAUCUUCAGUGUUCCUCAGAAAGACUCUUCAAAUGAAAAAGAAACAAAAAACAAACCCUCACUCUGCUAUUCGCAUCCUGUCUCAGACCUCCAGACACAUCUACGACGGACACUACCGCCACCUUAGUUUCACGGAUUUCCCCCGAGCGUGGCUCAAUAACUUGAACAUGAUAUUCAUGCAGACUCACUUUACCUUUCGUGAUGACCUCUGUUCCCCAGCAGUGUACGGACUAUGCACACUAUCAAUAUGCUCCUUGGUGGUUUAUUUCAGCCUCUAUCACUCUAAUCAGUGAUUGUUUGCUCUCCCGACAGGAUUUAGUCUCUAAUAUCCUCACAGAUGUGGUUGAUGAAUCUCUUUGUGACUCUUAAUUGAACCUCAACUGCCCUGCUGCAUCAGUGGUGUCCAUGGUGCCCAGCCCACUCAGUGCUGGUUAUUUGGAUGUAGUCGAGAUUUUUCCAAAAACACCAAUAAAAGAUUGUUCUCAUUCACUA